AUGGCAUUAGAUGAGGAUGGUCUUUUAUCUUCUAUUCUUGAGGGAGAAUCUCCAGGUCUGGAUCUAGUGGUUGACUGGUCAACCCUUAGCAAAUUGGUUGACCAGUCAACUCUUGACAAUUCUGUUCCAGUUGACCUGUCAACUUGUCAUAAUCAACCUCAGAAUCUCAGCUCAUCUGAGUUUUGUGCUAGGUUCCAAAGUGAUCCCAAAGAGUCUCAUUUGUUUGUUGUCAAAAUAAUCAUAAAAUAUGUGAGUAGAACUUUUGAGUUUGGGUUGUUGUAUACUUAUGACACUUGUGUCAAUCUUGUUGGGUAUAGUGAUGCUGAUUGGGCAGGUUGUAGUGACGGUAGGAAAAGCACUUCUGGGAGGGUCUUUUAUGUUACAGUGAUCAGCACCUCCCCUAAUAAGGAGAAGGAAGCAAUUGAACAUCUUCAUGCCGAUUCGUUUAUAGUUAUCCAUGAUCAAGAUCAGAUGCAGGCUGCCAUGGGAACAAUGGAUGGUAUCAUUGAUACGGUUUUUGCCGCCCAUCCUCUUUUGCCUUUAAUUGGUUUGUUAAAGUCCAAUGGAAAGCUUGUGAUGGUUACUGCACCAGAGAAAAAUAUUCAGAUUCCAGCUUUUUCUUUGCUCAUGGGCAGGAAGAUGGUAGCUGGGAGUCGGAUUGGAGGUAUGAAGGAAACACAAGAGAUGGUUGAUUUUGCAGUCAAGCACAACAUUACAGCUGACAUUGAGGUUAUCCCGGUUGAUUAUUUGAACACUGCCAUGGAACGUCUUGCCAAAUCCGAUGUCAAAUAUCGAUUUGUAAUCGAUAUUGGAAACACACUAAAGUCUACAUCUUAA